AUUUGCCUCACUUCCGGCCUGCGUUCCUUUCUCUAAGCGUCUGACGGUUGUGUGAUCCGCGUGUUUACACACUCCCAGAUGAAGGAGAUCAUGAAUCAGGAAAAGCUUGCCAAACUGCAGGCGCAGGUUCGCAUAGGUGGCAAGGGUUCUGCUCGCAGAAAGAAGAAGGUGGUGCACCGAACAGCUACAGCUGAUGACAAAAAACUGCAGUUUUCUCUUAAAAAGCUGGGAGUCAACAACAUCUCUGGCAUUGAGGAGGUGAACAUGUUCACAAACCAGGGGACAGUGAUCCACUUCAACAACCCCAAGGUUCAGGCCUCGUUGGCUGCCAACACCUUCACCAUCACCGGCCAUGCUGAGAACAAGCAGAUGACAGAGAUGCUGCCUGGAAUCCUGAACCAGCUGGGUGCUGACAGUUUGACCAGCCUGAGGAGGCUAGCAGAGAAUCUGCCCAAACCCACCGGGGAGAGCAAAGCCCCGAUGGCUGCCGUUGAAGAGGAGGAUGAUGAAGUUCCAGAUCUCGUUGAAAACUUUGAUGAGGCUUCAAAGAACGAAGCAAACUAGUAACUUUAAGUCCGCUCCCCCCUGUCCACUGAGCUUCUUCCCCUGUGGACGCAUUUUAUAGUUGUUCAUCUUCUGCUGCUGCACUGUGGCUACAAAUUAAAGUUGCCUUUUUAUCCAUCACCUUGGCAGUCAUGAGAAAUUGGGUUUUAGCUCCUCACCAUCGCUCACAGUAUUUAAUGGAGUUCAACGUGCAAACCUUUUUCUUUCUCACGCCAACUCACCUGCAUUGUCAUGAAAUUACAUCAAACACGUUUUGGUGAUAUGAAUUGUUUAUUAAAGACAUUUAAAACAAA